CAGCAGUGAUGUCAACAACAUCGAGAACGUAAUGAACCAUGAUCACCACCGAGGCUGCCAGAGAGUUCCAGGCCAAAGAACGCAAGUACAAAGAGCAGCUGAAGAGAUGUUUAUCAUCUGCUCUGUCUGCAGACCUAAACGGGUUGCUGCAGGAGGAGCUGGAGGCUGAUGUUUCUCUGUACGCUGCCUCGGGCUCGCUCCGAGCACACAGAGCCGUACUGUUGGCCAGAGCUCCUCAUGUUCUUGUGGGACAGACACACAAAGAUCCCACCAUCGUUCACCUGCCUGGCUAUGAGCUGUCCGGGCUGAAAGAUUUCCUCAGGCGAGUGUACACAGCAGACCAGAGAAUGCGCUCGGCUGAAAUAAUCCCAGACGUGGAGGGCAGAGUGACAGAAAGUAGUCCGCCUGUUCCCGACCCAGCAGACCUUCAUAGUUUCACUGACUCAGACGCUGUUCUGGAACCGGCCUCGGGCCUCGGAGCUGACUUGCUGGAUCUGUACCAGAGGGGAGAGCACUGUGACAUCACCAUUGAAGUGGCGGAGCAGGUCUUCUCCUGCCACAGGGCAAUCCUGUGUGCGCGGUCUCAGUACUUCCGAGCCAUGCUGAGCGGGAGUUGGAUGGAGAGCUCCAGACAGUGCAUCACUCUGCAAGGCUUAGGGCCAGAUGAGAUGGAGAUCUUGCUCCAGUUCAUGUAUGGGGCCAUUGUGGAUCUGCCACCUGGAGCCAGUGCCAGCCAGGUGGUGUUGGCGGCAGACAUGUUGGGUUUGGAGGGGCUGAAAGACGUGGUGGAGAUGGUUCUGACCCGAGACUACUGCCGCUUCUUCCCCAAGACGAUUGACGGGGUUCAGAGAACAGUUCUUGAGUGUCUGUCCCUCACGCACGCCUUAGGCCUUCAGAACCUCCACCUGCUGUGCAAGAGAUGGGUUGCAGAUCAUUUUGUGAAGAGCUGGUGUGAGAGAAACUUUUCACUCUUGUCCCCCGAGCUGCACAGAGCCUGUCUAAUGGCUGUAACUGAAACCAUGACUGUGCAGAACGCAGUAACCAUGCUCUGUGGCACUGAGCAGUUGAUUGGCAGUCUCCCAGAAGUCAAGUGGGCCCAGCAGGUGAGGAGCCUCGCCACAGAGCUGCAGGAGGAGAGUCUCGGCGUCAUUGUCCAGCAUCUCCCCAGAGUCAUCCGCACUCAGGCCUUCCAGGAACUUUGCAGGAGGGAAGAGUUUACCCGAGAGCCCACAUUGUUGAAAAAGCUGUGUUCAGCCAUCAGAGAAGGUGUGACUGUGGACAACUGCUGUGAUCUUUUCACUGCUGUGUACGAUCUGUGUGGAGACGACAUAGAAGAGGACACUUUCCCGGAGCAGGGAGGGCAAACACAAGAAGAGCCGUUCAGGCGAGAGAUUUGUACACUACGCGGUCGCCUGUGGACCUUCCUGCUUCAGACCUUCUACGCGGUCCGCCACACGCAGGGAUGGGACAGCCUGUCUUCCAAACACAGAGAGAGGAUACUGGCAGAUGCUAUUGAUAAAGGGGACAAUCGAAGACUUGGUAAAAAGCCUGUAUUCACUAGCUCACAGUCAAGGGCUGUAAAAUGCCCUCCAUCUGCACCUGAGAGUCCUCCUGUGCACAGGACCCACAGGGUGUCUGACAACACAACUUCUUCCUCCCGUAGUGCUGCAUCAGCCAUGAAGUCUGAUGGACUGGGGACAGCUAACAAACCAGGUGAUGGUAACACAUCCAAGACAAAGAAUGUGAAAAAAACAGGAGAUCGGAGUGUAGCAGCAAAAGCAAAGACAGCAUCAGCUGGCACACCAGUUGUCAACGGCACAGGAGCUGCCGGAGCCAGGCGGGAUGUAGCCAGUGCCAAUGGCCCCCGAAGCUCUCAGGGGGCUAAAGAGCAAGAGAAGAAGCCAAACCCAGGUGCACGGCCUAAAACAUCUCCCCCGAGCUGCACAUCUACAAGCCAGACAACGGUAAUGAAAGCUCAGAAGAGCUCAGCGGGAAAGGCUGACAGCACUGCUGGCACCACCCAAGCUCAGCCUAGCGUUUCAUCCACAUCGGGCAGUGCGUCGCCAGAGAACGGUGCCAGCAGCCCUCGCACUGACACCCACUCCAUCCCAGGUGCAAAGCCCAAACACCAGGCUAAGGCGGUGAACAAAUCCCCUCUGACAAAACCUCCUCAGAAAUCAGAUACAACAAAGACCAGCAGUCCUACCAAUAAGCCAAGUGUGAGAGAAAGUAGCAAAGCCAAGACUGGUGCUGCAGAGAAAGCAUCUACUGGAGUGACAGCAGCAAGAGCAGACACCAAGGGAAGAGGCACACCAGAUCACCAUGUCUCCAAGCAUGGGUCCUCUGUGAAAAAGCCAGCUUCCCCAAGGAAAGAAGACAGCAAGGACGGGUUGAAAUCCUCAGCACCAGACAAAGCAGCUAGUGAAGCUUCUAAAAAGAAGAUCACAAAACCUGUUUCAGUGACUGGAGCCUCGGCUAAAUCCAGUGCUAAACCAUCAAAAGCCUCUUCAGCCCCCUCCAAACAGUCUUCUGUAGUAGCUGCCAAGUCUGGACCAAAGCCAAAGAGUACUACUGAAUUACCUAUGGAGAAAGCUUCUAUAAAAUCUGGAGGCACUUCCAAAACCUCAGCUGCUGCUGCUGCCUCCAAGAAAUCAGGAACUAAAGGAAAAGAGGCAGUGAGUUGUAAAACUGAGCUUGCUCCAACUGAAAACCCUGGUGAUGUUGCAGUACAUAAAGAUAGUACAGAGGGAGCACUCUCUGACCAGCCCGCAGCACACACACAGCCAACAAGCCAAGGCGGAGGGGAUUCACUUAGCCUAGAAUCAAGCCCUAAGCAGAGGCUUCAGAAGACAGAAAUACAGCCAGGAAAUGGUACAAAUGAGACCAGUGUCACACCAGCACCUAACAACAUCCCUCAUAUCAAAUCUGCUCAUAGAGGCACUUGCAAACAGUCUUCAAGCGGUGUCAUCCCCGCUCACAUCGGCGGAGGGCAAGUUCAUGAGGUCAGCUCCCUGAAUUCUCCAAGAGACACUGACCGUCCCGUAGAUACCCCCUGUAGCAUGGGUAGCACUGACACUCCCUUAGAGGACUCCUGGAGCGGCAUCCACCAUCAGGUCAGCCCAGAGUCUGAGACUGGCAGCACGCACACCACUUCCUCUGACGACAUCAAGCCCCGCUCAGAGGACUACGAUGCAGGAGGCUCGCAAGACGACGACUGCUCCAACGACAGAGGCGUUUCCAAGUGUGGCACCAUGCGCUGUCAUGACUUCUUGGGUCGCAGUAGUAGUGACACAAGCACCCCAGAGGAGUUAAAGAUGUACGAAGGUGGGGCGGGGUUGAGAGUGGAGGUGCGGCUGCGCGGGCGAGAAGCAGAGACCACCAGCGAGGAGGAGGGAGUAAGACAGCGUCCUCGUUCCUGGUUGCAAAGAGAUGAGGUUCCUGUAGAGGAGGAGCACUCGGAGGUUGAAGCCACAGUGACUGUAAAAAGCGUCCCCGACCACCAGCUCUUCUCCUCAGAGGAGGAAGAGGAAGACGAAGAUGAGGAGGCGACAGAGGAUGAGAGGUCUGAAGUUGAGGUGAUUCCAGGUCAGGCUCCGCUGCCACCAACUGAACCCUCUCCACACUUUCAGGGGAUUGUCAACCUAGCUUUCGACGACGACGGCGUGGACCAGGAGAACGACCAGCCCGACUACCAGUCGUCUUCCAACUUCCGCCGGUCAGUGUUGCUUUCUGUCGACGAGUGUGAGGAGCUGGGCUCAGAAGAGGGCGGCGUCCAAACUCCACCUCAGCAGCAUGACGACGCUGUGACUCCCUGUGAUGUUUUCGAGUCUGACUCCACAGUUACUGGCGACCAACAGAACCACCUGCCGUGCCAUCUUGAAAACGCAGGUAUGAACCACAAACAACAUGACGAGGACAAAGAAGAAAAAUCCUCCAUAUUCCUUACAGAGAUCCAGGAGCCCAUGCAGGAGGAAAGUAAUCAAAUCCAAGUGGAUGGAGUGAAGUCCAGCGGGCCUCUCCUGGACGCUGACACUAGAGACAUCCCUCCCCAGGAGCGCCCAUGCCACCUGGAUCUGCGGCACACUGAACAAUACAACGGAGGGCUGCGCAAAAAUCACACCAAUCCCUCAGAAAGCAAGAAAGCUGAUUUACAUCUAGACUUAAAUGAGCCUCAGCUGACAGGGGACUCUCCUGUACAUGCUGCACAAUCUCCAGCAGGUAAUGUAUGAUCUACGGACCCUUCCUAGACCCCAAAUCUGAACCCAUCUCUUGUCCCUAAACUCCAUCAGUGAAGGUUUAGUUUAUCCCUGCAAGAUUCAUUCUCCUCUGCUCUGAUUCCUAGACCUUACCUACAUCCAACAAACACCUAUCCCUCUUUCAGAAAAAGGAUAUCAUUUAGCAUACUAGUUUAGCAACUAGUUAUAAAUAAAGUUCAAAUUCAAAUGUAAUCAGUGGUCAUCGUAUUUUCAUAGCCAAAAGCUUCCUCUCAUUCCAACCCAUUGAUUGUGUAGCUGUUGUAAAUUUGAAUUUGCAACAUCAAUAUCCUUUUAAAGAUGGAGAUUGGUCUCAUAAUAACAAAUAAACUGUACAUUUUAAACAACUGAACUACCUUUAGUCAGAGGCAUUUAGGCCUUGGUAACUCAGUUUACACAAAAAAGGGGAAAGCAGUGUACUCAACACUAAGACUGAUUAUAGAAUUGUAUUUGUCAAAAAGAAUCUGCCUUGUGACAAGGCUUGUGACAUAAGUAUACCAAUGCACUUUUAUGUACAUAAAAAUAAGAUUUUUCGAUUAUUUUUGUCAUUUCUUUUAUGCAGUGGAACAGUCGUUGGCCUUUUUAAGCCAUAGAUAAUUUGACAUAUUUGGAGGUGCUAUAAAUAGAAUUUUAACAUCAAUAUAUCGUUGCCAAAUUAAUUGUGGCUUAUUGGUAUAAUUACUAUUACGGUUAGACCACUGUUGAGAUAAUGUUAUGCCAUGCUACUUACACUGAUAUUGAUAAAGCGUGUGUUUCUUACAAUUUAGACUACACUACCUAUAAAACACACUGCUCCUUGUCUCACUACUACAGUAGCUCCCUUCUUUCUUCCUUGCUUUUUCUUUAGCUUUAUUGUAAAGGAUAAAUAUGUUUGGCUUUUCAUUUAUAACACUUUCGCCAUUUUAAGAAACACAAAGCUCUUCUUCUCUACAAACCUGCACCUUGUGGUACACUACAGCUGUUGCAGUGCAGCGUCACUAGACGCUUGACUUCUCAGUGAUGGUCUUUUUGUUUCCAGUAAUUCUACUAACAUCUCAAAAUUAAUUUAAAAGAUGUGUUGAUGUUAAACUACCAUAUAUAGCACCUUUAAAAUUUGUGUUCAGGUAAAUUACAAGCAAGUAAUGCUUUUUGUCAAAUUUCUGUAGAGUGAAGCCACUGCUUCUCAGAAAAGUGUGUUAUACUGGGAAACUUUUCCCUUGCAUCUCCUUGCUGUUUAUUUUUAUUGGAGAAUGUACCUGUUCCUGAGUUGUUUUGUUUGUUAUUUUUUAUUUUUGCACUGCACACAUGCAUGCCACUAUUAAAAUUAAUUUGUCAUUCCCCUAUACCAUCCAUCAUUUUUGUGUAUGUUUUUUUUUAAUUAUCCAUUACCUUUUGUCAUACCCAGUAGACUUGUGUCUAGAUACAUAGACUGUUUAAGAAAACUGUGUUCUGUUGUCUAUAAGCUUUUGUUCAGUAGGUUUGUGUAGUGUCAGUAGCAUCCUCUGUAAAGUAUGUGAUGUGUAUCUAGAGCAGCUGUCAAUGGUUCUGCCAUGUCUCUCUUUUUUCACUAUCAUAUUCAGAAAAAGAAAUCCCACUGCACCAUCACUGAGGGUCUGUCCCGAUGCAAACAUGUCAAUUAUUUUGUUUUCAAUAUCAAACAGCGAUCAGCUACUUCAUCGUUUGCCUUUUUGAAAUUGUUAAAAACAGAAAACACAAAGAAUGUCAACAGAAACUUGGUGGUGUUUCAUCUUUUGUGCUACUAAGUUAAAGCACUGUUGCUUGCGUUUUACGUUUUUGUGACAGUAUUUAAGUAUGUUCCUUAGGUCUGCCCGUUCAAAGACCUGCACGUAAAUCUCAAAACACAUCACUGUUACUGACAAAUGCAACGUUCACUCGUGCUGGCAAUGCAUGGCUUACUUUGUUUGAACAGGUGGAUAAAGAGAUGCAUUCAGAAAAGCAUUCCUCUGUGCAUUACCUUUAAGGCAACUGUGCCCUUGACAUCCAUAUUUGAAGUAACUGGUGAAUUGUUAACUAAUUCAUUUAAAAUUGGUACUGAUAAUGGUAUUGCCAUCUAGCUGACCAUAAUGUGACUCAUCAGUCAGUCACUGCUUUCCACACUGUGCUGUCCUCACCUAACUUCACUAUGGAAUAUCUUUUAAAGGGCACAGUUGCAUUAAGUGUAAACUUUCAGUAAUCAGUGUUUUAUUGUAGUAGGCAGUGAUUAGUCUCUGAAAUGAAAAAAACAACUGUGGAGGAGUAUACCAGUUUGUCAUUUUGCAGUAUUGUCAAUUGUUUUUAGGGGACAAUGGUUGUGACAGAUUGGAUCAAACCUGCAAACAUGACCGCCGACCAUCCAAAGCCCUCUCUCCCAU